GCAGUCGAUCAGCCCCCCAGUGCUCAGUGGUCAGUGGUCAGAGCUCAGUCAGUGAGACAUGUCGCAGCAGAUGCUACAGCUGGAUGCCUUGGUUAUGGCCAUGGCGUGCCUUACCACAACGCAAACGGAUUUGGGCGGUGGACUGGGCAUGGUGCCGCCCACUCUGGAUAAUGCAACCAGCUGUCCCAUCUCUGCAUUGAGUGGCCUCAACACACGCAUCCAGACUUUGAGCAACGACAUUGCCAGUGUCAAGGAGCAGAUUGGAGGCCUGCAGGAGCAGCUGGUGGAUCUGCGCAGGAGUGGGGAGCCGGUGUUGGCCCUGGGCACGACGCAUGACAUUGGUUCUCGAUUACCCAUCUCCGGUCUCCUCUCCAGCUUGGAUGUACAGCCAGAGCUGCUGGCAGCCCAGGGCAACGGAGCGGUGACUGCACCCGCAACGCCGAGCAACUGCCUGAAGCAGCAGCAUGGCGUUGUGCGGAUACGACUCCGCGCCAAUGUGGAGCCCUUCUUUGUGUUCUGCGACCAGAAGGUGCGCGGCGGUGGCUGGAUCAUGGUGGUCAAUCGCUACGAUGGCAGCGAGAACUUUAAUCGCAAGUGGGACGACUACAGGAUCGGCUUCGGGCCGCUCACCACCGAGUUCUUCAUUGGGCUGGACAAGCUGCACCAGAUCACCAGCAGCGACAACUACGAGCUGCUCGUCCAGCUGCAGAACCGCAAGCAGGAGCUGCGCUAUGCGCUCUACGAUCACUUUGGCAUCGGCAGCGAGUCGGAGCAGUACCAUCUGAAUGUGCUCGGGAAGUAUCAGGGCGAUGCAGCCGAUGCGCUGAGACAGCACACCGGCAAGAAGUUCAGCACCCAGGACAGGGACAACGACGAGAGUGAGGCCAAUUGUGCGGCAUCGCAGUCGGCGGCCUUCUGGUACGGCAGCUCCUGCAAUUUGAGCAAUCCCUUUGGCUUGUAUCAGCGCCUGCUCGACCGGGACCCGGACGGCUACAAGGGCAUUCUGUGGCGCGGCUUUCUCGACGGACCCAAGGGCUCCCUGAAGAUAGUUCGCAUGAUGCUGCGCCCACGCAGUGCAUCCCCGUAGUCGGAGCGGUGGGUGUGGCUUCCAAUAAAUACGAUUAUAUAUUUUUCC